UAAUCCUACCCCCCAAUUAUUAUCCCAAAAACCUAACUAGAUGCUUCCGCACAAACUCAUUUAAGCAUAUACCUUCCCAUAACAAAAUCUCAUAUACAAUGGUAUAGAGUUGCAAGGAUCAAAAUCUCUAAUCGAGAAUCAACUAUGCCGAACAACAGAAAUGUUGCAGAUGGAGAAUUUCAUUAUUCAUCUACUCAAGAAUCAACAAACAUAGAUCCAGAUAAUUCAUAUGAUGAUAACAGUUUAGAUGAUGAUAAAGAAUCUUUGCAAAAGGCAAUGAUAAAUGCACUGUUUGCAUAUGCUGAAGCAUCUAAGGCUAAAUCAGAUUUUCUUUUAGCUGAAAAAAAGAGUGUAAAUCACAGUUGUUCAAUUACUAAGUGUGUGAAUGUUCUUAAUGAGAUUGAAGAUGUUAGCGACGACGUUUAUAUGAAAGCUGUGGAGAAAUUUAUGGAUCCUAAUUGGAGAGAAGUGUUUCUUGCUAUGUGUAUUGAUAGGAGAAAAGGAUGGUUAGUUAGAAUUUAGGGAAAUUAAUGUAAUGCAUUAUGUACUUAUUAUUGUGUUUAUGAUGAACAUGUAUGUGUUUUUGAGAUUUAUCAUGUAAUUUUGCUUGAAUUGGUUGAUUAUGCAAUGUGAAUGCUGUUGGCUCUGAGCUGCUAUUGCUGCAGCAGAAUGUGACUUGAAUGUAACAAAAGCGACAGACAGGCAACUCCUAACACCGAUCAAGAUUCUUUGUUUUCAGAUUUUUUUUUUGGUAGAAUUCAGGUAUCAUCUGCGCGCAACUGCAGAGACUAAUCUCUUGAGCCUGAUAGGACUGCAAUGGGUGGCAAAGAUUCUUUGUUUUCAGAUUUUAUAAUCAAACAGAAAAUUAAACUUUUAAUGAUCAAUUUUUCAAAGACGGAAAACACAGCUGCACAAAAGUUGGUAAUGCAGAGGUUGGGCUGCGUUGCGGUGCAGUUGCAGAAACUUCUGAUCAAUGCAUAAUGGAAUUUCACAAUCCGGUCUAAGCUUUAAAUUUUGAAGUUCAACAUUUCUCUUCUGUUAACAAAAAGUAAAUAAUGUUAUGAGAUAUGAAAAUAACUGAAAACUUCACCUUAUAAAGUAGGUACCCAAAGCCUGUUACAAAACCAUAUAGAUCAGUUUGAA